AAAUUAACAGCUGAAUGGAUAACUCGAUGAAUGACUCUAUGGGAGAUUCGUGACGCUGUGUAAAUUGAACAAAUUAUAAAAGAAUGCUGUCGAUGUUGGUGGCAAAUCCUCUAUAUAGCUCUUUAUAUAUCCAACUUCUACAUGGAUACUGAUUCAAAAACUCCAAAGACUUUUAUAUCUUAUACAGAAUCCUUUUCAGUUUCAUCUUAUGACUCAUAAUGACUGAAAAUAUUCAUCAUCAAUUAACAAAACCAGCACAUUUCAGUGUGUAAUUAAGUGAAUUAUUUGAAGGUCCAAAAAAUAAUUGUGGUGAUGAAGAGAGCAUGUGAAUACUGCAGUGAGAUCCACUGGAUCGUGAGCAGUGGACAACUGGACGUAAUUACAUAUCCCAGAUGAAUGUAGCUGUGAGUAUUAGAAAGUAAGAAGCACCCAAGGGAACAGAAGUCGACAGGCCGUCACAUCCGCAUCAGUUUGUCUUGAAAACGCGCACGCUUCGCGCGUACUGCCCUUGAACUUUUCACCCUGGAUACCUGAAAAGCAUUUAUAUAUUAAAAGCCAGUUUAUUUCACUGUAUAAUUAUUAUUGUAUAUUAUAUUAGUGAUAUUUACUACAUUAUUGACAUUGAUAAAUGUAAUGUAUUCUCAGUGGACUACUUGUAUCAUCGUUAUCGGUAUUUGGAUCCCAUCAUGCAAAAGCUUCAACGGUGCCCAGACGACAGUGAAGACGUAUCAAAAUAACACAGUGGUUUUACCAUGCCACGUAGACAGUCUUGAUGUUCCUAUUAUAAUUCGAUGGUGGCGUGAGGAUGUUUUAUUAGCUGACAGUAGUGAUCCCAAUUGGAUGCCCCCACCACGUAUAAAAAUGUUGGACAACAUGAGUUUAGAAGUAUCUCAAAUUCAACCUAAAGAUUCUGGAAAAUACUUUUGUCAAGCAUUAAGACCAGCGCCUUGGGGUCAUGUUACUCAAGUACAUGCAAUUGAAGUCUUGUAUCCACCGAGUGUUCACUCAGUUCCAGAAGCUGGUGAACUUGAGGUAAACUUUGGUGAUGAAGUGGAAAUGGCUUGUAUAGCUAAAGGAGUUCCUUUUCCAAGUAUAUCAUGGAGAAUGAAGGAUGAAGAGAUGAAGUUGUUGGACGAAAGAUCAAAAUUGCGCUUUCGAGCAGACAAUCGCAGUCUUACUGGUCGAUAUACAUGUGUAGCUGACAAUGGUAUUGGCGAAGCUGCAACAGCAUCAAUCGAUCUUCGAAUACGCUAUAAACCAGAAAUUGAAGUAAAGAAAUCAUGGAUCCAUGCUUCUCCGGGAAUUAGAGUGCAACUGGACUGCAAGAUUAUCGCUUAUCCGGAGGCAACUGUAGAGUGGUUGUUUGAAAAUGAAAGCCUAGCUUACUCUUCAAGAAUAGUUAAACACACUUCUGGUCAGACUCAUAGUUUGGUUAUUAGAAAUGUAAGACCAUCGGAUUAUGGUUGCUAUAUUUGUCGAGCAUCAAAUGAUCUUGGAACUACUGAAGGCACUAUUGAAUUAUCAGGAAUAGCUAAUGCUGCCGUCUUUAAAGGAUUUAACGUAAUUGGACCAAAUGCAUAUAAUUUUAUUUGGGAAGUUGACAGUUAUAAACCAAUAAUUGAAUAUCAAUUUUGGUUUCGUAGAUAUUCGCCAUCGGAGCGUGGACGAGAUUGGCACAAAUUAUUUAUCCCCAGUGGAAGUGAUGCUAUUGGUCCUCUCCAUUCAAAGUCAUUCAAUCUCACAGGUUUAUCACCUGCAACACACUAUGAAGCACUUGUUCUCUCUAGAAAUCGAUAUGGAUGGAGUAAGCCAUCAAAAGUCCUCAGAUUUGCUACUGAGAGUACAUCAACUCGAAAAGAGCAUUAUAAAGUUGAAAACGAAUUAGAAGAAUCUUCACUCGUAACGGUGAACAAUGUUUUAGCUGUACAAGAUUUCGAUUCAACUCUGAGUAACAAUGGUUCAGUCACUUCUAAUAAGAUUCAUUUGAUAACUUUAAUGUUGAAUAUUGUUUUAUUUUUGAUGCAGUCUUUGAAUAGAUUUUAAAUUAUGCCAUAUGCUAUUAAUAAUUUUUUCCCAAAUUAUUACUCGUUUACAACAGCGUAACAGUUUAUUUACUUGUACACCAUUUUAUCAAAGACAUUAAUACUAAUUGUAGCAUUGUAAAAUAAUGUUAAAUACCUAAAAAAUAAAAAUA